AUGUUUUCUCUGCUACUCCAUGGAAGAAGGUUGAUUGAGCUGCAGAAAUGUCGUCAUUUGAGAUUUGCAGCGCAAAAUCAAAAUCUGCUCUUUGCUUUUUCCAAUUCCUUCUCAUCUUCUAGUGCUGCUUCAGCUGUGAUCCAUGGUCGAAAAGGGAAGACUUUCACAGUCUCUUACCUCGUUGAUUCUCUGGGCUUAACCACGAAACUCGCAGAAUCGAUCUCAAAGAAGGUCACUUUCGAGGAUAAGAGAAAUCCGGAUUCUGUUCUGAAACUUCUUACAAGCCAUGGCUUCACAGAUUCUCAAAUCUCCGACAUCGUUACAAUUUAUCCACAACUGCUUAUAGCUGAUGCUGAGAAAUCUCUUGCUCCCAAGCUUCAUGUUCUUCAGUCCAGAAGAGGAGCUACAAUCUCUGAGCUCACUGAGAUUCUCACAAAAGCUCCUAAGAUCUUGGGAAUCAAAAGGGAAAAAGCUAUCAGUGUAUACUAUGAUUUCGUCAAAGAUGUUAUAGAAGCUGAUAAGAGCUCAAAGUUUGAAACUUUAUGUCAUUCUUCUUUGCCACAAGGUAAUGCACAAGAGAACAAAAUCAGAAACAUAUCAGCUUUGAGAGAGCUUGGCAUGCCUCAGAAGCUCUUGCUCUCAAUGCUCACAUCCGAUUCUCAACUUGUAUGUGGCAAAGAGAAGUUUGCAGAAUCACUCAAGAAGGUUGUUGAGAUGGGUUUUGCUCCAACCUCCUUGAAGUUUGUGAAUGCUCUGCGACUUGUUUAUGGUUUCACAGACAAAACGACGGAAGGGAAGAUCGAAAUCUACAAAAGGUUAGGCUUUUCUGUGGAGGAUGUGUGGACGGCUUUCAAGAAGUGGCCUCAGUUACUGAUAUACUCGGAGGUGAAGAUAUUGAAGUCAAUUGAAGAAUUCUCAGCUCUAGGAUUCAGCAGAGACGAGUUGUCGACGAUGGUGAAGCGCUUUCCUCAGUGCAUUGGAUAUUCUUCAGAGUCGGUGAAGAAGAAGACUGAGUUUCUUGUGAAGGAGAUGAAUUGGCCGUUAAAGGCUGUGGCUUCAAACCCUGCGGUGCUUGGAUACAGCUUGGAGAAGAGGACUGUUCCGAGGUGUAACGUAAUCAAAGCUCUCAUGUCCAAAGGAUUGCUUGGAGAUGGAGGAAGUGAACUCCCUUUGAUGUCGUCUGUCUUGGUAUGUACGGAUGAAACAUUUGUAAACAGGUUCGUGUUCGUGAGGAAGCACGAUGACGAGGAGCUUGUGGCUGAGUUAAUGGCAAUCUUUCACCGGAGAUAG